AUGAACUUUGGAGAAGCAAUUAUUUUACUUGGCCAAGUGAAGCAGCAAGAGAAACUUCUCUGCAGAUUCCCUGAAGCAGUGACUUCUCUGGACUGCAUUGAUCAUAAUGCCUGUGCUGUUCAAGGUCGGGAAGGUUACCGGUUUCAAAACUGGGCAACAACAUUUGGCUCCUAUCCUGAAUUGUACUUUGAGCCAACAUCAGUUGAAGAGAUCAGAGAGAUUCUGGAUCUAGCUAGACAGCGAUCCAAGAAGGUCAAAGUUAUUGGAGGUGGUCACUCCCCUUCUGACAUUGCCUGUACUGAUGGCUAUAUGAUUCAGCUGAACAAGAUGAACAGGAUACUAAAGAUUGAUAAAGAAAAACGACAGGUGACAUUUGAAGCAGGGUUAUUACUGACUCAGCUAAAUGAAGAGUUAUUCAGACAUGGCUUGGCCCUCACCAACCUAGGUGCAGUUUCUGAUGUUACAGCUGCAGGAAUUAUUGGGACCGGAACUCACAAUACCGGUAUCCAGCAUGGCAUUCUUGGAACACAGGUUGUCGCACUCACAUUCAUGACUGCAUCAGGUGAGAUCAUGGAGUGCGCUGAUACUGUGAACAAAGAGCUGUUCCAGGCUGCCCGAUUACACCUGGGGUCACUGGGAGUCAUUCUUACCGUUACUCUUCAGUGUGAAACUGCCUUCCGGCUACACGAGCAGAUAUUCCCCUCCACCCUAAAAGAGGUUUUAGAUAACCUGGACAGCCAUCUGAAAAAAUCUGAAUAUUUCCGUUUCCUCUGGUUUCCUCACACUGAAAAUGCCAGUGUCAUCUAUCAAGACCGUACUGAUAAGCCCAUUAGUGAUACCUCUAACUGGUUCUGGGACUAUGCAGUUGGCUAUUACCUGCUAGAGUUUCUGCUUUGGAUCAGCAUGUACCAGAAAACAAAAACUGAUAAUAGACAACCGACAAUGCCUGCAAGUCAGCUUAAGAUCCAGGUAAUGAUUCAAGUGACUAAGCAUCGCUUGCACAAUUACAACCAGCUCAAACUUCAAAAUGGAGUUUGUUUGGGAAUCAAUGUUAUAUCGAUUAGAGAAAGACAGUUUAUCAUCCUUGUUUGA